AGGGUUGCCUGACUUAAAGGAACAGGCUCCCCACCCAUUCCUCAAGCUCCUCCAAGCCGCCCCCUCCAGUCUUUGAUCUGUCUCCCUGUCCUGAGGACCUCUCCCUCCUGAGGCCACCAUUGGGCCUUUUCUCAGUGGCCCCUGAGUGCUCUCUCAGCAUGAACUGCGUGUCAGAUUUCUUCACCUACGAGACCACCAAGUCAGUGGUUGUGAAGAGCUGGACCAUUGGGGUCAUCAACCGGGCAGUCCAACUUUUGAUCAUCUCCUACUUCGUGGGGUGGGUGUUCCUGCACGAGAAGGCUUACCAGGUACGGGACACAGCCAUUGAGUCCUCCGUCGUAACCAAGGUCAAGGGCUUUGGACGCUAUGCCAACAGAGUCAUGGACGUGUCAGAUUAUGUGACCCCACCCCAGGGCACCUCUGUCUUUGUCAUCAUCACCAAGAUGAUAGUUACUGAAAACCAGAUGCAAGGAUUCUGCCCAGAGAGCGAGGAGAAGUACCGCUGUGUAACAGACAGCCAGUGCAGGCCUGAGCGCUUCCCGGGUGGGGGCAUCCUCACCGGCCGCUGCGUGAAAUACAACUCUGUGAUCCGGACCUGUGAGAUCCAGGGCUGGUGCCCCACCGAGGUGGACACGGUGGAAAUGCCUGUCAUGAUGGAAGCCGAGAACUUCACUAUUUUCAUCAAGAACAGCAUCCGUUUCCCCCUCUUCAACUUUGAGAAGGGAAACCUUCUACCCAACCUGACAGCCGCCGACAUGAAGAAGUGCCGCUUCCACCCUGACAAGGCCCCCUUCUGCCCCAUCUUGCGGGUGGGGGACGUGGUCAAGUUUGCCGGGCAGGAUUUUGCCAAACUGGCCAGCACGGGCGGAGUCCUUGGCAUCAAGAUCGGCUGGGUGUGUGACCUGGACAGGGCCUGGGACCAGUGCAUCCCCAAAUACUCCUUCACCCGGCUGGACAGCGUUUCUGAGAAGAGCAGCGUCUCCCCAGGCUACAACUUCAGAUUCGCCAAGUACUACAAGUUGGAGAACGGCAGUGAGUACCGCACACUCCUAAAGGCUUUCGGCAUCCGCUUCGACGUGCUGGUGUAUGGGAAUGCUGGCAAGUUCAACAUCAUCCCCACCAUCAUCAGUUCCGUGGCAGCCUUCACCUCUGUGGGAGUGGGGACAGUCCUCUGUGACAUCAUCCUGCUGAACUUCCUCAAGGGGGCCGACCACUACAAAGCCAAGAAGUUUGAGGAGGUGGACGAGACGAUGCUGAAGGUCACCGCCUCGGCCAACACAGUGUACCCCAGCGACCAGACCACUGAGGAGAAGCAGUCCACAGAUUCGGGGGCCUACUCCAUCGGCCACUAGGGCCUCUUCCCAGGGCCCCAUUG